CAGUGAACCAGGUUGCUACUAAAUUGGUAUCUAAACACGACUUACUUUCAAAACAAUUUUAAAUACAUACUUCAAAAUAUAAUUUAAAACAUUCAUCGGAGUACUUAAAAUGUAAUGCGGAAGCUUAAGUCAUUAUUAAAAUGACAUGGGAAUUAAGCCCGUAAAACUAAUAGGUCAUUUUGUAAUUAAUAAGAAUUCAAAAUCUUCAAUUAUGCCCAUGCACAUCUCUUCGUAUUCAUUGCCCUCCGCGAUAGGCUUCAGGUUCAUCCUGUACCUGAUUGCCUACGUGUAGUAAAAUAACAAACACCACACGCUCAGCAUAGAAGUUAAGUGAGAAACAUCUAACACAUGUUUUGCACUUCCUUGAAUUUGUUGAAGUUUAGUCUUGAUAUCAUGACUAAUUGGGUCGUCUUUGUGGGCUUCUUUGAUUCUCUUGACUGCAUUAGUGGAGUCUAGGUGUAGGUUGAGGCCCCCCUUCACGAUUGUUGUGGCCCAUGAAAGGCCCAUGAGCACAGCUUCCAGUUCUCUGUCCACCACACUGGCUGUUUCCCGGAGUUUGCAAGUCUUGCCGCUGAGGAAUCGACCCUCUUCUGAACGUAGGAUUGCUCCUCCCACCAUGAUUCCCUUUCCAACAGCCACGUCCGUGUUCAGCAUGAUUCCAAUGACCUUCCAUUUGAAGCUCAUAGGUGAUGAUGCCUGGGAUAAUCUUCCUCUGCUCAUUGGUGUGAUGUUCCCUGCUUCUCCACCAGGAAGAUUGGAACUCAUCAGAUCUGUGAUCCAAGGAAUUGAAGGCUUCUGGUUCCAAGCUUUCCCUAUUCAUAAAUCUGUCUUGGAUAGGAUAACCUCCCUUUGUAGAACUUUCCUUUGGGGGAGUAAGUUCUGUAAGGUUGCUUGGGAGGAUAUCUGCAAGCCCAAGGAUGAAGGGGGGCUUGGUUUGAAUCAGCCCAUAAUCUGGAAUCAGGCACUUUUGAGCAAGAACCUGUGGAAUAUUGCCUCUAACAAGGAAACCCUGUGGGUGCAAUGGGUUCAUUCUGUUUAUCUUGAUGGCAAUGACUUUUGGACUUGGAGUCCUAGGAAGAAGGACUCCCACUUUUUCAAGAAGCUGACUGAAAUCAGAGACAUGCUAUUACUCAAGUGUGGGAACAGAUGGGAACUUGAGAACCAACUCUGUGAUUUGGGUGAAAUAUCAGCUACCAAAGUUUAUGAUCUACUUAGAACCAGGGCUGAGGGCCUGAUGCUUUUCCUUACUGGAAGCUGUGAACUCGCCCAGGCUUUGCAAGCAGAAUGGACAUGGAUCUGUGAUGCUGUGUUGCUGAUUUCUCUGUCUGAGGGUGGGGGAGGUGUGUUAAGAGGGCUAGUGGGGGUUUUGGGUUGUGAGGGAGAUGUGUUAAGAGGAUCAGUGGUGGGUGGGCUGCCUGGUGGGUUGGUGCUGAUUGGGAAGUUAGGUGGCUCGGGCUUGCUCCCAAAGAAGAAGGAACCUACUAAGGCCUUAGAGAAUCUAGAGGCCAGUAGGGUGACUUCUUCCUCUGAAAAGGAGACGCAAGGGAGACCUUUAAGCCGUUCAACUGGUGUUAUUGAAGGUGGAAGUUGUAUUGCUGGUGGUCUGAGCUGCUGGAGAUGGAACAUUUUUGGAGGGAAGAUGCUUGGAGGACGAUAUCAUUUGUGGUUUGAUAUGGAUACCAUCAAUUGGAUUUUGGAUUCAUUGUCUCUGAUUUCCAAAAGGAGAUGCUGGGUGACCUCUUUGCAAGAUUCUAAUAGAAGAAUUGAGGUAAGACAGGGCUUUAAUAGGAGAGGAAACUAUAUCCAAAUCAUAGAGAGAAGAAGCAGAGAGGGUAUGAGGUUUUUACUGGUCCCCUUUGAUUCGGGGAAGGAUGGACCAAUUCUUUUCAUUCGGGCACUCUCCUCUUUCAUUCAAAGAGCUUCCAAAUCCGAAACUAACCCGGUGCAAGAUAUGGACCAAUCGCUCUCCCCAACCCCCGACAUGGAACUUGCCACAUCCCUACCUUCUCAAAUGUAUGGAACAGAGGAGGAUGAUAUCAAUACAUCAUCUUUUAAAGGGAAUGGAGGGUCAGAGUUGAUUCCUACUCCUUUACCAGAAUCUAUACAAACUGAGAGACAUAUGGUUAUCUAUGAAGGAACAGAACCUAAAUUCAACAUUUCCAAAACCUACACAGAUCUGUUUACACAUCUUUCAAGAAAGAUGUUGUCCCCUUAUGCUCCUUUGUUCGUUCCACUUUCAUAUAACCCUUUUGCUGCUCUCGACAACCAGGAUCAUGAACAGGACAAACUUGCUGCCUGCUUGGAGGAUGAAGACCUUUUCUCAAAGCUAAAUGAACAAAGCAUGGUUCUUAGCCUUAAUGCAGUGGAGGAUCACACAAAGGAAAGGGACGGCCUCAUUCUUUAUACCCAUUCAGAGGGGGAAGACAUAGUGUUCAUUGACUCAAUACGCAAACCUCUUCAAAUUGACCUCUCAAGAUGCUCCAAACAUCCUCUCUACCUGCGAAAGGAACUUAAGGGCAGAAAGAUUUACUCCCCAUCACAAAUAGUUACAAGAAGUAAGGCUAAAUUGCUUGAAAUAGGGAGGAGGAUCACUCCUAUUGGCUGGGAGGAGGAAGAAGAUCUUAUUGAUCCACAGGAGUCCCAUGAAGAGGAGUUGGUUCUCUUUGAAUACUUGGAUAGAAAGGAAGGUUUUCCUAUGUCGCAGAUCAGGAUGGGUUGGGCUGGUGAUCUCCCAACAAAUUAGACUUCUUUGAAUUAGAAUUCUAGUCUUUGAAGUUUGGACUGAAAUUUGGAAGUAUCAAAGUACUUCUGGUGGCUUCUGAUUUUCU